AUGACAUAUGUUAUACUUAAUAUUUCUUUUGAAAGGUAUGUGACUCAUCUAGGAUUUCCAAUGGAUGUUGCAUCAACCAUACCAUUUCAAACAAUAUACCAAUUCUUUGAUGGGAAAAAGCAAGAAGGAGACAUUUUUGGCUUCCUCAACUUGCUCAGACUAUGGCGACUGCGUCGCGUUAGUAAAUUAUUCUCAAGACUAGAGAAGGACACUCAAUUCAGCUACUUCUGGACAAGAUUUUGUAAACUAGUUUGUGUGACCUUAUUCGCGGUGCAUUCCUCUAGUUGUUUCUAUUACUGGCUAGCAACACAUUAUCAUACUGCAGAAAAUACCUGGAUUGGAUCAAGUGUUACUAAUUUCCAAGAAAGAAGUGUCUCUCUAGGGUACACAUAUUCCAUGUAUUGGUCUUUUGUUACCCUCACCACAGUAGGUUAUGGCGAUCUUCGUGCACAUAAUACAGGGGAGAAGGUUUUCUCCAUCUUCUACAUGCUUUUCAACAUUGGCCUCACUGCUUACUUAAUUGGCAACAUGACCAAUCUUAUUGUCCAUAGUGUUGAUAGAACCUUCGCGAUGGUAAUGACUCCUUAUUUAUGCAUUCUGUAG